AUGCCAAAUCAGUUUGUACCUCCUGCAACUCCACCGAGGGUGUCAAAACCACAUAAGCCGAUGGUGAUGAAAACUCCAUCUUCAUUUCAACCGGUAACACCAGUGAAAAUUACAGAAACAUUUGCUACACCAUACACAGGGGGGAAAAAUACACGUAGCUUUCUUAAAGGAAACACUGAAACCAAAAAUAAGGGUAAUUUAGUGCCAUUAACACCCGAGUUCACUCCUCAGAGAUCACCGCACAGAUCACAUAAAAGAAAAAGAAGCAUAGUUGGUGCCAUUUUCAAGCAGGCUACAGUGGACGACAAUAAUGUGGGCACACGGACUCCAACGACAGAUUUGUCGGGUUUAUUGAUGCCUACACCCUCUACAGUUGGAACAGGGAGAAAAGUAGCACAUAACCAAACGAGAUCAUUGAAACCACCGAUGUUGAGUUUUGAAACAUUGUCCAAAUUAAACGAUAACUUGAAUUUUGAAGAGGAGGUGGAUGAAGAUGAUGUAUUUAAGGCUUCCACGCCACAACUCAAAUCCGGGUUUAUACAAAAUACCAAUUUGAAAAUAUCGACAAAUGAGUUAUUACCAGUAGACGCGUCUCCUGUAAAGAGACAUCCUAGUGUACGGAAGGGGCUUCAGACCCCGAAAGGCCAAGUGAUAGAUGAUAAAACUGUGAAUCGCUGGCAUGGUGAGUCGUUCAAUAGUAUUUUCUCGUCAGAUGACGAAGAUUACGAAGAAAUCAAGCCCAUGAAGAUGGAGAAUCCAUUUUUAUCAACCUCGGCACCUUCGAAAAAGCCUAACAGACCAUCUAACCCAUUCAAUAGUACAAAUGGUUCCGCCUCAAAGAACGGUGACGUUGAUUAUGCUACUCAGGUGGAAUAUUUCAAUACUAGAACAGGAGAAAGAAAGGUAGUUAACUUACUGAGUCGUCAAAGCCAAAUCAAGCCAAAACGAUUAGAUUUCUCUGGUGCGACCGAAAGUAACUGA